CAUACUCUGCAAGCUAUCAUCACUUUGUUUCACCAGCUUACAGCUGCCUGUGCGUGGCCAAAGCUAUUGAACAAUGCUUCGCCGAAGAGGGCUCUUGGGCUUGUUGGCUGUGUUGCUGCUAGAACGUCAUAUAGCAGCAGUCAAGAUUACGGUGCCGCCUGGCCGAACGGAAUGUAUGGGCGAGACCGUGGAAGCAGAGCAUUUCUCGGUGCCGGGCGGUCCCCGCGUCGACGGCCGCGUGCUCGUCAGCGGUAACAGCCAGUACUAUGUGCCGUUUGUCACCAUCCGCGUGCUGGGCCCAACCGGCGACCAGAUCUGGCAGCAGCAGCACGUGUACCAGGAGACCCACUUCAACGUGGGGGCGCGGGGGCCGGGCUCCUACAAGGUCUGCUUCUACAACCCCUGGGAGAGCCGCACGGACGCCAAUGUGGACCUGGUGUACUUCACACUGGCGCACCUGCGGCGGGGCGCGGGGGGAGGCAUCCAGAUCCCCAAGGGGACGCAGGAGGAAAGGAACAAGGAGGUGGCCAGCACGGACCACAUGGAGGACGUGAAGCGCACCAUCCUGGGCAUGAGCGAGUUCAUGCAGGUCAUCUCCGGCAGCCAGAAGUACCUGCAGCGCAAACUGGAGAGGCACCAGAAAACCAUGGAGAGCAACCGGGACCGCACCCUGUUCUACACGGGGCUGGAGGUUGGCCUGCUGCUGCUGGUGGGCUUGGUGCAGGUGCUGGCGGUCACCGGCUUCUUCAAGCCGGGCAUGAUGAGCAAGGCGUGCGUGUAAUGCGGAGGCGCGGGAGCAGGGCCGGGUGGAGCUGUGGCGGCCGCAUAGGGCUGCGGCGGUGGGCAGACAGGCUGGCAGUGAGUGGCAGCUGACGAGAGAAUGACUGGAAGAGAGAGAUUGGAUAAUGAAAGAUGGCAUUGGUCGAAAUUGGGGCAAGGCAGUUGGAAGCGGAGUGGCGACAAUAUGUGUCGUGAGCCUUAUGAGCUGCACCUAGCGCCGGCGCGCGCUCAGUGCAGGGCGUGUGUGAAGUGUGUAAGGAAGGUUCAGGCGCGCAGGGCUCGUGUUCAUUCUCAAUCUGUGUAUACCUUCCGUCCGUUUGCACGUCCCAUAUGGUGACACAGGAUAGCGAGGGGUUGACGCGCCACAAAGUCCACACACAAACCACUAACUGUCUGGCACGCCGGCCCGUGGCGUGUGUUGAGUGAGAGUGCCGCAAGCAGAGGCCGUCCCUGUCUCAAACCUUUGUUCCGUUCAUGACACGUCAGCUUUGUCACACACCAACGUAAUGGUCCGCGGCUCCGCG